CAGAGUACAAAAAUAUAGCUAUUGAUAGAUUUGAUGGUAAAAACCUUAAAUGCACAGCAUUUUUUCUGUCACACUGUCAUAAAGAUCAUAUGGUUGGCUUAAAUAGUAUUUGGUUGAUAGAACGAAUGAAGUUAAGGGUCUGCUAAUGUUAAAUGGGAGCUGCUUGAUCCAUUGACUUGGACAACUUUACUUUUGCUUCUGUGGAUGUUCAGGCCUAGGCAUGUAGAAAAAUAGAGGUGGAGUUGGUGUAUGACCUGAAAGAGAAAUGAUGAAAAUGCAGUCCUAUGAUUGGAUGAAUAGAUGAAUGGAGACCUGCAACAGCCUGGACGGAAGAAGAAAGCAGAAGAGAAAUAUGAAUGAACGAUAUUAAAUUAUAUUGUUCGGAAAUUACUUGCAUGUUACUAUUGGCAGAGUCGGAAUACAAGGGAUUAAAAGAUUUUAUUCACAUAUUGGAAGUUGGAGUGAAGCAUCAAAUCAAAAUUCCAGGAAGAUCAGGUGACAAGGACGAAGAACACAAUGUGGAUGUGACACUUAUAUCUGCUGGGCAUUGUCCUGGGUCUGUUAUGUUUUUAUUUGAAGGCAAUGAAGGAACAUCUCUUUAUACUGGUGAUUUUCGCUGGGAAAUUGGCCAGGCAGCAAAAAUGGAUUCCUUUAAAUGUGGAAAUAACAUCAAAGAAAUUAAUACAGUCUAUGUGGAUACUACAUUUUGUGUUCCUGAAGCAUAUCACAUUCCAAGUCGGAGUGAAUGUUUGGAAGCAACUGUGAAGUUAGCAUCUGAUUGGCUACAACAUUCACACCUUCAUGUUGUUAACAUUUCUUGUCCAGCCAAAUAUGGUCAUGAAUAUUUAUUAAUGGAACUUGCUCAGAGAAUAGAUACUAAGAUCCAUGUUUCAAAAUGGAAGCUUAGUAUAUAUGACCAAAUUCCUGAACUAAAAGGCUUUUUUUCAUCUGAUCCAACUGUGACAAGAAUACAUGCCUGUUCUUCUAAGAGUGGUUUUCCAUCAUCUACCUCACUUCCAUGCCAUCACUUACCAUCAGAUGGUGGGAAAUUUAAAGUGUUGAAUAUCCGGCCAUCAACAAUGUGGUUUACAAGUCAUAAUACAAAGUCUAGAACAGAGGAUCUCAUAGUAACUCCGGCAUCUAGUCGUGGCUUGCACCGUGUUUGUUACUCCAUGCAUUCAUCUUAUAGUGAAAUUCGAGAUUUGGUAAGCUAUUUACUACCAAAGUGUGCUGUGCCUAAUGUGUUACCAAUGUCUGAAACAAGUUUUCAUUCCGUACAAGCCAGAUUAACAAGCUUCUUGGACUACCAGAAUAAAUGGAGAGUGAAGUCAGAGACUGCAGACUAUAACAAGCCAUUAGGCACUCUCAGAAAGCUUCCACUAAAUCGUGUUAACAGUGCAAAAGAAAACUUAAAUUCUGAUGAAUUGGUAUUUAGUAGCCCAGAGAAAGAAGCUCAGACAAAUAAUAAAAGUCGACUAAAUACUCCAGUUGUGUUAGAGGAAUCAUUGGGAAAUACUGUUUCAUGUGCUAAAGAAACAGGAAAUGACCAAGAACUGUGUAGUGAUGAUUUGAUAGACAAUACUUCCAUUGGAAGUGAAGGAGAAAAUUCUAUGUUAUGUUACAUCAGUGGUGAUUCUGAGGAUGAAAUCAAAUAUGAAUCAGAUGAUGAGAACUUGAACAUGUCUACAACACAGUACAAUACAGAAGCAAGUUCUGUAAAGCUUCAAGGUUUGGAAACAGAUUCUCAUAUUACUAUGACAAGUACCAAUAAAAAAGGAGUAGUGGGUACCCAUUGUAGAUCUUUUUCAACAGUUCCACAGCAAACUGAGUUUGAAUUAAAUAAUAAAUCUCCUAAAGAUUGUGUACACAGUGCGCUGAUAAUUUCAGAUAAAAAUGAUUGUGAUGCAGAUGAAGAAAAUGAGGAAGAUUUUAUUCCAAAUUCUCAAGAUUCUAUAAAAAACAAUUCUUGGUUAUUUGGCAAAUCAAAAGCUGUUGUAAAAAAUAUUAGGUUCAUUAAGGAUAAUGAAAAUAUUCAAGAUGCAGAAACUAACUCUGAAUGCAGUGAACAUGUUUCAGCUAAAAGUACACCUUGUAAUGAGGAAGUUAUCAUCAUUUCUUCACUUUCUUCAAAUGAAGAUUCUGAUAGCCAUGACUCUCCAAUACUUUGGAGAGCAACUAUAAAAAGUCCUAAUGAUAUUACAGAGGCAAAAAAAUCAAACAUUAACAUAGAUAGGCCAGAUGAAUCAAGUUUUUACGUUAGUAGUAAAAUCAGUAAUCAACAAUUUAAAAAAAGGAAGAUAUCAGAUGAAUUGUUUGUGAGUUCUUCUGCAACUAAUGAUACAUCAAACAUGAAAUAGCCAAGACACUUGUACAAUAUUUAAUCCACUAGAAUAAGGUAUUACUGCUGCUAUACUUAAUAUGCAAUGUCAAAUUCUGUGAUAGUAGAUUUUUAUGAUAAUAAUUAUAAAUAGUGGUCAUAGUGAAGAAUUAUUUUUUUAAAAAAUUAUUUGAAUUAAAACAUUUAGAUGAAGUGAACAAAAUUAUUUAUGUAUACUUAUACACUAAACAGCAACAGCUUAAAAAAUAAUUGUGGUCCUAGUUAGAUAUUUAUACAGAAUAGCACAAUCUAUUCAUUUUAUAAUUUUAUAAAAAUAGCUAGCAAAUUUCUGUCAACCAUUUAUUUUACAUUUCGUUUAUUAUUUUAUGACCAUGUAUU